AGAAAGAAAGAAGAAAGAAAGAAAAAGAAACUACUUCUCUCCCCUGCGCUCCCAUCUCCCAAGGCCUGCUGGCACCCUUCCACGCAUGCUCAGUGUUCCCAGGGGCCCAAAGAGUUCCCUGCCUGCUUGCAUCCAUGGCGACCUGCUUGGCAACAAGGAGUCAGUUGGGCUGAGGGCCUGAGCUCCAACUGUCACAAGGGGCCAGAGGCUGAGGUGGUUUUUUUCUCUGAAGGCCGCACAGUCCUCCUGCAAUGCAGCCCGCAAUGCCUUUGCCGAAGUACUGCAGCGUGGCCACAAUCCUGCAGGACCCUGGCUGGGGCUGCGAUGCUGGACCUGGGGACAUCUCCUUCGCCUGCCCCUUUGCCCACAGAGCUCCUGGGCUCCCCAGGGCCCAUGCUCUCACCAGGUAUGCUUUGCACCUCCCAUGUCUCCACAUUGCUGACCCAGCCUGGCAGGACCCUGGCUGGAUGGGAAGAGUUAGAGAUGCUGCUAACGCCUGGGUCCUGGCAAGGAAGGAACCAGAUGGCCUUUAUUACCGGGCUCAGAUAAAGGCUGCUCCAGAGCUGGAGAGGCAAGGGACCCUGCUUGUGGAAUUUGAGGCUCCCCUUGUCACAGGCCCAAGGCUGCCAGCCCAGAGGCAGAGUGUGGUCUCAGUGGAAGAUGUUAUUCAGUUCUCACCGUAUGUGGAAUAUUCACUGAGACCUGGGGACAAGGUGCUGGCAGCGUGGGAGCCAGGCCGGCAGCGAUAUGGUCCUGGCACUGUUCUCUUGGGCUUGGACAUGCGAGACAGUCAGAGAGCAUCAAAGGAGGAGGAAAUCACCAUUCACUUCUGGAAUGGCAAGACUGCUCAGGUGCCUCUAGGUGGGGUCAGGUGGGUGCCCCCCACUUUCUGGAAGAAGGCUGUGGAGAGGCUGAGCAAGUCUCACACUAGCGAGCACCCCAGUGCCCUCCUCUGGGCCCCUUGCUGCUCUCUGCUGGGGACGGUCACUGGAGGCAUCACCAACAGGCUUCCUCCGGACACUGCUUUCCUGUGCCCGCCCUGCCACUCCCAUGCCUGCUGCCAGCUGCUGUGCCAGAGCUCCCUCUGCUGCUGUCCUUCGAUGAGCUCCGCCUGGUGGCGCCUCACUAGGACCUUCGAUACCACGGCCAGAGAACUGCCUGAGCCUGAGCUGAAGCCUGCAGCACAGCUUCUACCCCUAGAAGGCGCUAAAGAGGAGCCAGUAGCAGUGCACGUUGCCCCCGCUGUCUCUUCUUCUUCCUCCUCCUCCUUUUGUGAAGAUUUGGAGGAUAAUCUGGAAGUGGGCCUUCCCCAGAGACUGGUGGUGAACAGCGCAGUCAACACUGACCCCAUCCUUCCAGAGAGGCCUCUGAUGCAGAGCGGCCCCCGCCAGCCUGAGUGGAGGUACUGGAAGAGGAACGGGCCGGAGCCACGUCCCGGGAAGCCAGGAAUAAGAUGCCACAACAUGCAGAAAGAAGAUGACAACGAACAAGAGAAAGCACAAGCUGCAGUAUUGGGGACUACCAAGGAGCUGGCCCUGAAAGCAACCAAUGUGAAGCCACCACAGACCCUGCGAGAGGGAGCUCAACACAGAAAACCGGGUACGGGUAUCACAGUGCAUCAGUGGGAUAAGAGUUCAUCCAGGAUCAAAAGCCCCUAGGAUGUAGGAAAUGAAAAGGCAGUGAUAGUACGUAUUUGAGGAGGGUUCCACAGAGCGGCUGCACGGCCUUCUGGAGAAACAGCGCACACACCAGCGGAGAGAAGCAAAUGGGCACCUGCAUGUUCAGCCCUUUAAGACCUUCCUGGAGAUGGGACAGCAGGCAGGCAGCUGCAGAAGCUGGCGGCUUUGUCGCCUCACUCCUUGCCAAGGGCCUGGUGAGACCACUUGAGGACACCUUUCCCACAGAAGCCACUGUGUGGUCAGCCGGCUUUGGGCAUGCGUCCAUGGCCUCUCUGCCAUCUUUUCAUAAAGCCUAUAGUUGUACACGGGGAUACUGUAUUUUUAACAUCAAUAAAAAUGAAUUAUCUUUGCUUCCAAA